AUGGCGCGGCCCCCGAGGCCCGAGCUGGCCGCCGCGGGAGUUGUGCUACUUUGUCACUUUCUCGCCGACGGGAUCCAGCUCGCCGAGGGGAAGCCCGGAGGCCGAGGCAGAGACUGGAGGUAUGAAGUGGCUCAUGCCUUCCCUCUGACAGAAGAGGAGGUGGAAGUAGACUCACAUGCAUACAGCCACAGGUGGAAGAGGAGCUUGGAGGCUCUCAGGGCAGUGGACACCAACCGAGCCAGCAUGGGCCAAGACACGCCAGAUCCUAGAGGCUUCACUGACCUGGUACUUGAUGACGGGCAGGACAAUGCCACCCAGAUCGAGGAGGAUACAGAUCACAAUUAUUACAUAUCUCGGAUAUAUGGUCCAUCUGAUUCUGCCAGCCGGGAUUUGUGGGUGAACAUUGACCAAAUGGAAAAAGACAAAGUGAAGAUUCAUGGAAUAUUGUCCAAUACUCAUCGGCAAGCUGCAAGAGUGAAUUUGUCCUUCGAUUUUCCAUUUUAUGGCCAUUUCCUACGUGAAAUCACUGUGGCUACUGGGGGCUUCAUAUACACAGGAGAAGUUGUGCAUCGAAUGCUCACGGCCACUCAGUACAUUGCACCUUUAAUGGCAAAUUUUGAUCCCAGUGUAUCCAGAAAUUCAACAGUCAGAUAUUUUGAUAAUGGGACAGCACUAGUUGUCCAAUGGGACCAUGUACAUCUGCAGGAUAAUUACAACCUGGGAAGCUUCACAUUCCAGGCAACUCUUCUUAUGGAUGGACGCAUCAUCUUCGGAUACAAAGAAAUUCCUGUCUUGGUCACAGAGAUAAGUUCGACCAAUCACCCAGUGAAAGUGGGGCUGUCUGAUGCAUUUGUCGUUGUCCACAGGAUCCAACAAAUUCCCAAUGUUCGAAGAAGAACAAUUUAUGAAUACCACCGAGUGGAGCUACAGAUGUCAAAAAUUACCAACAUUUCAGCUGUGGAGAUGACCCCAUUACCUACGUGUCUCCAGUUCAACAGUUGUGGUCCCUGUGUCUCCUCUCAGAUUGGCUUCAACUGCAGUUGGUGUAGUAAACUUCAAAGAUGUUCCAGUGGAUUUGAUCGCCAUCGGCAGGAUUGGGUGGACAGUGGAUGCCCUGAAGAGUCGAAAGAGAAGAUGUGUGAGAAUGCAGAGUCGGUGGAGACUUCUCAGACCACAACCACCAUCCAUGCCACAACCACACAAUUCAGGGUCUUCACCACCCCCAAAAGAGCAGCGACCUCACAGCUGCCCACCAGCCUGCCCACAGAAGAUGACACCAAGAUAGCACUACAUCUAAAAGAUAAUGGAGCCUCGACAGAUGACAGUGCAGCUGAGAAGACGGGGAGAGCCCUCCAUGCUGGCCUCAUCAUUGGAAUCCUCCUCCUGGUCCUCAUUAUAGCAGCAGCCAUCCUGGUGACCGUCUACAUGUAUCACCAUCCAACGUCAGCAGCCAGCAUCUUCUUUAUUGAGAGACGCCCAAGCAGAUGGCCCGCGAUGAAGUUUCGAAGAGGUUCUGGACACCCUGCCUAUGCUGAAGUUGAACCAGUUGGAGAAAAGGAAGGUUUUAUUGUAUCAGAGCAGUGCUAAAAUUUCUAGGACAGAUAGCACCAGUACUGGCUUACAGGUGUUAAGACUAAAAUUUUGCGUAUAUCUUUAAGACACACACACACACACACACACACACACACACACAAAACGGUGCCCCAAGCUGCUGUAGCCUGAAGAAGACAAGAUUUCUGGACAAGCCCAGCCGGAGAAGGAAGGGUAAAAGAAAAACUAAAACUUAUGCAGGAUGCCAUUUACACGGAACAUAGAAUUCCCUAGAGGAAUGGUGUCGUAGUUCACUUAGAACAUCUCCUGUGGACUCACCAGAAGUGUGACAACAUUGCAGUGCUUUUUGGCUUAGGUGCAGGGUUGAAAAGGGAUCGAGAAAAAUAAAAUAAUAAUAAUAAAGCUUUAGUUCACAAGGGAUCUACAACUUUGGUUCAAAUGUUCUUAUCUGAUGUCUCAAAGAUAUCUGUGUUCCCAAGCCGGAACCUUUUUCCUCAAAAGAGCAGGGAUGAAUGUUUCCUGUGUACUGAGAACCGUAGCUCAUGCAGAGGCAAAACCAAACACAAUAUGAGAGAUUUUUCUGUCUUUUCCAAACAGACAUGUGGCAAAAGGAUUUUGUUAUUUCUGCUCUAGAUCCAUCUAUCCCGACAAGUUCAUUACUUUAUGGGAUGAAUCUUUCAUCUGUACAUGCAGUUCAAAUAUGCCUUCCUCUCCCUUGGCAGUGAGUGAGUGCCGUUUCUGUGAGCUGGGACAUUUCCUGACUUUUAGCUGAGGAUUGGGAAGGAAGGGUUAGUAAAUGAGGCUUUCCAUCCCCUGCCUCAGGAUAAAAACUCUGUGGGUCUAAGAAGCACUGCUUCCAUCUCCCACCUGGGAAGUCCCGUGAAGCCACAGUUGCUCUUGGCUGAUGGAAAGAAAAGGAAAUGAUACGAAUUCCUUGAUCGUUGUUAUGAGACAAAAUGGUAAGGGAUUUUAAACACGGGGUUUUUCAACGUUUUGCCAUUUCAAUACGAAAAGCCCAUUUCAUUGUCAGUUCCGGUCUAAGAAGCCAUUCAAGUCAAUAUAUCCCUGGUGAUAAAAGAAUGAAAGAACCCUGCUGAGUCAUACAGUAAUUUUCUUUAAAGUACAUAGUAGUUACAUAAAUCUCUAUAUAUAUAAAUAUAUUUUUGUUUAUAACUAACACAAGGCAGGCUCUUGUGACUCUAAGAGUGCAUUUUGUCAUCAAGACAAAACAAAUGCAAGAUGCAUCGCUGUAUUACUUCCACAGAGUUGUAAAAUAAUCCUUAAUAUUAGAAUAUUUUUAUGUCACGUGGCAAAAUGGUUCAGUUCAUUGCAGUGCCCAUCAUUUUCCUGCCUAUUGGAUCCACUCCUUCCUUCACAUCAACCCCUUCCCUCCCUGCCGAAAUGAAGUAGAUGAGAAAAGCUCCUCAGAUGGAGCAGCCAUUUGCCCUGUAAUCACAGGCCAGCUUUGGAAAAUAUCCCAUGACUGAAGAAAGGAAAGGCAUUGUUUGAGGAGGAAAGUGGUUCCCAUGUAGGCACUAUGUGUACAAUUUCAUCCACACCCUGACCUGGGGACCUCUCUGUUCUGUGUCCUGUUGGUUCUUGUACGGUACAGCGUUCCACAUUUGCAGAUUCAGGUCUCAAAACACAGCCAUGUCUCCAAAGUAGCACUUCCCUAACGGCUUGCCGUCUGCCUACAAUGUCUGCAUCAGACGGCAUUAAUCCACUAACAGAGUGCUACACUCAGUCAUCACAGGCUAUUUUCUGUCAGUGGAUAUUUUGCUUUACGUUGUUACGUAUCUGAUGAGACUGGUAACUUUCCUAAACUGCUUAGUUAAUAAUGGCAAAAGGAACAUUGAAAAGCAAAGUGAUUUGAGGAUGUGAUGACCACCUCUCUGCUGUGGCUACAUUCAGUUUAUGUGAAGUAUCCCAACUUACUCUUUGGAAUAAUAACCAAACGACUUGCCAACAUGACUGGUGCAACUGGUAUUCUCAGCAUAUGUAAGGACAUAUAGACGACUUCCUUUUAGGAUAAAAUGAUGCUUCUUUCAUGGGCUUUUGUGGUAGAUGAGGCUUCCAACAGCAGUUGAAUGGCAGUCAUACAAAUAUCUUGCCUCUAUAUCUGCCUACUUACAUAUUUCAAAUAUUAAUGUUGUCUUUACACCCUUCAGAGCUUAUUGUUCAUGUUAAAUUCAAAAGAACUGAUAAUUCUGUUCAGUGCACAAAAUUCUGCAUUGUUUAGAGAACCAAAGCACCAAUUAACAGGGAAAAACUAGAAGUAAAAAGGCUCAUAGUGUUUGGGGAAACUUCCUAGGAGAACUAAAAGUUCAGGGCAGUGAGAAGUGUUUGCUGUAUAUGAGUCCUCAGGUAGCAAGGGAAAUGUCAGCUUAGUCCCUUUCUCUCCUGAGACUGUCAUUCUGUUUUUCAUGCUAUUUGUCAUUCUGGUUUGUUCUUGGUGCUCAUUUGCUACAAAGAAAGGAUAAACACAGUUACAGGAAAUUUUAUAAUGGAUACCACAGUUUUGAAAAAAAAAAUAUAUAUAUAUAUGUAUAUGAGAGAAUGUGUGUACACAUUACUCAAUAUUCUAUGAACAUAGAGAAAGAAUAAUAACAAUUUAAAAUAAGAAAAACAAAGAGACACAUAACAAACUUCGGGAGAAAUCAGGUCAACGGUACUAUAGAAGAAUUUAGUUCUUUCAUUCUAAUUUGUAAAAAUAAUAGUGAUUAAAAUUAUUCAAAAAUCAAGAAAAAUAUCAGAAGCCAACUAGAUGGCAUUUAUCAUAAUGUUGGUUUGUUAUGAAGGCUUUGGACCUUGGGAAUAUACUAACAAAUAGAAAAAUAAAUAGUAAAUUAUUAUCAUCAUUAUUAUUUUGGUUGGAGAUACCUAGGACGGUUGUUCGUCUCUCACAUGUAUUAUCUACAGCUGUGUUCCCAGUAUUAUACUCACUAGCCACAUAGAGCUAGUAAUAUUGAAAUUAAUUUAAAUUAAAUACACUUGACAAUUCAGUUUCUCGGUCAUACCAGCCACAUUUUCAGUAACCAACAGUCUCAUGUGGCCGAUGUCUAACAUGUUGGUGGAACAACAUAAGACUCUUCUGUCACUGCAGAACAUUCUUUUGGAAUGUACUGUAGAGAUGUUUCUUUGAAUUCUUUGUCCUUGAGGGAAAAGUAAGAGGAGGAAAGAGAGAAAAUUUGGUAGCUCUUGUACAUGCCCAAGCAUUUGUUUAUCUUAGAGAGGCCCUAUAGUGUAAUAAAAAGAAUAUGAGCUCACACGGUUUUUUGUCUCCACUAUGUUAGCCUGGAAAAAUCACUUCAACCUCCAUGAGUCUCAAUUUGCAAUUUUGGAAAAUAAAAAUAUUUUUGUCCUGUU